AUGGCGCCUUGGGACUGUUGCAGGGUAUGGCGAGGUUUAGUCUGGAGCCUGUUUGCCUUUUAUGCUACAUUUCUGUUGAUUACUCCAGGUAUGUCAAGUUAUGUUUAACUCUAAUGGGGCGGGUUGAGAGCGAAUAAUAUAAAAUUGUAGUUUAAAUGUGCUACGACUUUGACUCUUUCCAGCGAUAGUCCUUUGUCACAGUGAAUCACGGCAAGGAAAGUUGGAUAUGGCUUUAAUACCAAAACUCUCAAAUGAUCUAAUUUAGUAGAAUGUUUUCACAACCAUUACUUCUUUCAUUCAUGGCCGACAGGAAAAUAGGCACCUUUUAUGUUAAGAAGAACUAUAAAAUCUGAUUAUGGACCAGAAGCAUUUCAAAUAUACGCGCGCACGAUGCCAUCCUGCGAGUAGAGCCUUUACCUUUACUUACUGCGAUUUAGGGGUCUUCCACGAAAAGUGCUCUGUAAUAAACAUGUCAAGCUUGUUGGGCAGCCCAGGUACAGUAGACUUGUUAUUUUAAUAGCGUUUUAAUGGUAUAUUCGUUUUUUCGGAUUCUUUAUCUAGGUGUAGGAGCCCUAAAGUUCCUCCAGGAUCCUCCAUCAGUCCAGGUAUCUUGUGUCGGCUGGACUGUUGACUACAAUUGCACAACAGAUGACCCAAGUGCCACGGUGUCACUUUUAUAUUCUAGAAAUUUUGGCAUUUCUUAUAGUGUGUUACAGGUCUCACCAAACAAACUUCUUUUGAGGAAACAAGUGUUCACCCUAGUAAACCUUAUUCUUUCGGAUGGAGGAUCCUAUAAAUGCAAGGCAACGGACCAGUCAGGUCAAACCAUUCAAUGGAACCGUGUUUCAGUGUUAUUUUUACUAGCAGGUUUGUAAGAAUAUUCUGAGUAAAUUGAUACUCGUGAUUAGAAAAUAUGGUGAAUACAAACCUUUGACAAGUGCGACAUGACUACGUUAAGUGCCAAAGUGAUGUGUUGAAUAAAUGCAGCCUUACAGUAAAAGUGUAUUAGGCUGUUUUAGCAACAGAAAGGGGAAAGUCAGUUGACGACGGCGCGAGCAAAUCAAAUAACUGGCUUGACCAAUGGUAGAGCGGCAAAUUGGGCACCGGAAGUCGACUUUAGACCUUUUGCUAAAUCAGCCUAUUAUUAAUCAGACCCCUUACUAAGGGGCCAGCAAACAUGAGCGCCACGUGCACUUGUCCUCAACUGUUUUACCAAUAUUUUAUUUUGUAAAAUAAACCUGUGCUAAGCAGAUGCCUUGUGACAGUCCGAUAGUUUGCCAUUAUUUCUUUUGGAAUGCAAAGCGGGCUGGAGUGUGGGAUACGAGAUACGUCCUAAUAAAAGCUGUAAAAUCCCAUUUACAAAGAUAAUUUUAGAUGUAAAAUAAGUCAGAAUAACCAUUUUAAUUCAGACUUUUAAACCAAUUACUGUAGUAAAUUAUGCAUAGUGACUACUUACUAAAUGCUGCACGUAAAGUACAUUUUCUUAUGAACUUUUUUUGCAGUUCAGUUACCUAGGCAUUUUGUUUUGAAACCAAACAAAUCAAUCGAUGUGCUGCAAGGGCAGAGUGGAGAAGUCACAUGUGAAGCUGAGAGCCCUUCAGUUUCUAACCUUAAGUGGGAAAAGCAACAGGACGAUCAAUCAUAUGCAGCAGUCCCCAACAGCCAAGUUAACAUCACUAAAGAUUCAAACUAUGUGAGAGCGACCCUAAAGAUUACAAAUGCCCAGUUUGCAGACGCUGGUACAUAUAAAUGUACAGUGUCAGUUCCACCAAAUAAAUCAGAUUACAGGCUGGCAACCGUUAGAGUCCAGGGUAGG